CCCCUUUGGUCGCUAAAUGGUUAAGUGAUCGUUGAUCCGUAUGACUUGUUUCUCGUUUUGCAAGGCAUUCUGGGAAUUGUAGUAAAUACUUUCAUUUUAUUGUGGAACCGGGUAGAGCGGCGUCUUCAAGUUCCAUCGUGCCUUGCGGUGCGUUACAGUCGUAAAGAUUGAUGGAGUUGUAGUCUGUCUGAGCCGGGAUGUGAUUGGUGGAGUUUUCUGUGGAACUCACUGUGGACUCUGAUUCCCAGGGAGCCGCGCGGUGCGGCCUGGAGCCUGGGGCUGAGUGUGUGUGGCGGCCGCGGGGAGGGGAGCCGCCAAGCCCGGCACCAUUCAUCGCUUGUACGCCUUGCUCCUCAGCAUGAGCGGCACCAAUCGGCCCCGGACCGAGGCCUUCGGCGACCAAGGCCAGGCUGGGGCUGCCAAGGUGCCCGUGUCUGCGGGAGCUGCGGGCGGCGGACCGUCUGUGCCUGGGGGCUUCAGCGCUAUCAAACUAGGCAGAGACAAUGGCAAAGUGACAACUGUAGUGGCCACCCCUGGUCAGGGACCAGACCGUCCACAAGAAGUGUCAUACACUGAUGUCAAGGUUAUUGGAAACGGGUCCUUUGGAGUGGUAUACCAGGCACGACUAGUAGACUGCGGUGAGAUGGUAGCCAUUAAAAAAGUCUUACAGGACAAAAGGUUUAAGAACCGAGAACUCCAGAUCAUGCGAAGAUUGGACCAUUGUAAUAUUGUGCGCCUACGAUACUUUUUUUACUCAAGCGGAGAGAAGAAAGACGAGGUGUACCUGAAUUUGGUCCUGGAUUUUGUUCCUGAGACUGUAUAUCGUGUAGCCCGGCACUUUGCAAAAGCCAAAUCAACACUGCCGUCCAUCUAUGUGAAGGUAUACAUGUACCAGUUAUUUCGCAGUUUGGCAUACAUACAUUCUCAGGGUGUCUGUCACCGAGACAUCAAGCCGCAGAACCUGCUAGUGGACCCAGACACUGCAGUACUUAAACUUUGUGACUUCGGCAGUGCAAAGCAACUGGUUCGAGGGGAACCUAAUGUAUCCUAUAUAUGCUCACGGUAUUACAGAGCUCCUGAGUUGAUUUUCGGUGCCACAGAUUACACCGCAAACAUUGAUAUAUGGUCAGCUGGGUGUGUCCUUGCAGAGCUUCUCCUGGGGCAGCCCAUCUUCCCUGGAGACAGUGGAGUGGACCAGCUGGUGGAAAUUAUAAAGGUUUUGGGAACUCCCACUCGGGAACAAAUCAGAGAGAUGAACCCAAAUUACACAGAAUUCAAAUUUCCACAAAUUAAAGCACAUCCCUGGACAAAGGUAUUUAAACCCCGUACCUCCGCAGAGGCAAUUACCCUGUGCAGCCGACUCCUGGAGUACACUCCAGAUACUCGUCUAUCUCCGUUACAGGCCUGUGCAAACUCCUUUUUUGAUGAGCUGCGUGACCCUAACACACGACUUCCAAGUGGAAGGGAGCUGCCUCCAAUUUUCAACUUCAGCUCUGUUGAGCUCUCCAUACAGCCCUCGCUGAACUCCAUCCUCAUACCCCCCCAUCUACAGCUGUCACACUUGCAUGGUGAGGGAAGACCUGGAUCGGACAGACUCAAAACCAGUGAUGUGGCAGAAUUGAACACCUCCUGAGGAGUGCCUCGCCGCCCCUUUCCCGUCAAAUUAUCAGCACCAUUACCUUUCCUGCUCUCAUCAGGCAUUCACCUUGUAUUCCCUUGAUGGGGAGGUUGUGACAUGCAGGGAGCAAGACACGGGUUGUUUUAAUUGUCUUCAGUGCCCAUCUUAUAUCUUAGUCACUGGGUCAGCAACAGAAAGGAUAAAGUGAGCUCCCCAUAUAUUUAACCACUUAACUGUCAAGAGGGAACUGUCCUGAUGCAGAGCAACAUCUCUCUAUUAUGUAGAGUGCUUUCACUCACCUAUAGCUGUACAUUUUAUGAGCAAUUUGUUUCUCUCUGAAUCUCUUUAACGGAAAUCCGAUAUAACUUUAACCUUACCCACUAUUACCAUCCUUUUAAAGAAUUCAACAUGAGCCUCUUGUGGUAAGCACACAGUUUGCUGAAGGGAUGGACCAGGAGUAUAUACUCAGUGUUAUUUGUAGCAGCCUUUUAGAUGAUGAUGAUUUAAAUAUUUCAGGGUAGUGUUAUGGUAUUUAGGCCAGGUUUAUAAGCUGUAAAACCCAAAUCCAGUGGAAAAACGUUGUGAAAAAUAAGGUUUGAGCAGGGGUAUAGUUUUGACAAUCUCCCAAAUUAUAUUAAACCUUGUACAUGCUAAACCUUAUUUCAUUAUAAAAUUACUCCAAUCACAGCAGUGAAUUAAGUAAACCUUAUUCAAUCUACAUUGGGCAAUUUAUAUAGCUUCCCCUCCUCGUAAGUCCUGUUGGAGCAAUCUUGCACUGUAGUGAGUUGCAGACAUAGUCUUUUGCAUGUUUGUGUAUGCACAAGUACAUGCCUUUUAUCUGGGUAGCAGUAUAAUCGCCCUGUUUUGCUCAUCAAAACUGCACUUAUUUUGCCUAGCCGUAAUGUUUCUGUCCACACUGGGGGGUGGGGGGAAUGAACAUGACAAGUAAUUCUACUAUAUUUAUAGGAUUUAUUGUAUGUUCCUGUUAUAUUAAAGGGACACUUAACCCAAAUGUUUUCUUUUGUGAUUCAGAUAGAGCAUGCAAUUUUAAGCAACUUAAUAAUUUACUCCUAUUUUUUCUUCUUUUGCGGUCUUUAUUUGAAAAAGGCAUCUAAGCUAAGGAGCCAGGCAAUAAUUAGGUUUAGAUCCCUGGACAGCACUCGUUUAUUGGUGGGUGAAUUUAUCCACCAAUCGGCAAGAACAACCCAGGUUGUUCACCAAAAAUGGGCCAGCUUCUAAACUUAGUCUUGCUUUUCAAAUAAAGAUACCAAGAGAAAGGAAAAAAAAAUUGCUAAUAGGAGUAAAUUAGAAAGUUGCUUAAAACUGCAUGCUCUAUCUGGAUCACGAAAGAGAAAAUUUGGGUUCAGUGUCCCUUUAAGCUCAUAGCAUGAACAUUUUGAUACAGAUGAAGUCACUUAGAGUGUUUUCUUUAUGCGCAUGAACUGUAUUUGCAUCUGCUCUAACAAUUAAAAGUUAAGUAGGCCUAAUGGUUUUUUUUUUCUUUAAUAUAUUGAACUGAUGUAGAAGUAAAACUAUUAUCACUGCUUUUACAAUACAUAAACAUUAACUCUUUCUACAGACAGAUGACUUCUGAAUCUAGAUCAAGCAAUCUGAGAAAGUAUGACAAAUUUGUGUCCUGGCUUUAUUAUUGGUUAUAUUUUAUAGAAAGGACAUGAGUCUAGGGGCAGAGGUACCUAUACUCUUUUAGAAUUGCAAAAGCAGUAUACUAAACUUUUACAUUCAUAGCAUUGCUGAUACUGCAGUGAUUUAUUUUUUUAUAUACAAACACACAAGUACACACAUAAUCACUCAUUUUGCAGUAUAUAGUUAAUACCCCUUCCAGCUAUGGCUUUAAACAAGUUACUUUUACUAAACAGCCAGUGUGAAGACUAAAUCAGUAAGUGCCCCUUCCCAUACAAUAUUGUUUCUUUGUCCUGCAACAUCGCCCCAAAAAAAUAUUCUAAAUUUUGCAUGCUAGGAAAGGUUCAUCCUAUGGUUUUCAUAAAAAAACAAUACAACUUAUAAAUGGAAGGUCAAUUUUUUAAAUUUGAGAAAAAAAAAAAAGCCAUGCUUGAAAUACAAAAAAGCAACAUGUUGCUUCUAAUAUUUUCUUAACAAUGUGCCUCGUUACCAGAUGCAAGCAUAGUUUGUGUGUAUUAGUGAAGUUCUAUAAAUUUAUAUCUUCUCUGUGUGACUCCAUUUGCCACAAGCUAUUCAGUGCACCCUGAACAUCCUAUAAAGGGGUGCUGGUGCAUUUUUAAUAUAUAUAUAUAUAUAUAUAUUUUUUUUUUUUUUUUUGAGUAAUUGGGAUUGCUCCUGACAACUACUUCAGGUCAUAUUUAGUCUGAAGCUCCCCUGAGUGCUGCUAGUCUGGCAUGAUAACCAGUAUUUGCUUCAUUUUCCAAGGAGAAUUGCCCAUAAUAGUGCUCUCCAUGCUUCCAACUCCAGGGGUUAGUGCAAGUUUCUUUUGGCAGUUAAAAGAUGAAUAUAGGGGGUUCUUGAAGCUUGAUUAACACCUUUUUAUCCCCAAUCUUUUAACUCCCCCCCCCAAAAAAAAGAUAUUUUAGUUGAUUUUAUGUCAAUUUUUAUUGUUUCUGGGUCGGAUUUUGAAUUUUAUUUUCCUUUUGUAAAUAUAUAUAUUUAGAUUUUUUUUUUUCUCAUUCUACAAAUUCUUUUAACUGAGAAAAUGUAGCUGAUAAUUUCUUUGUAAAUAUGUUCAUUUUUUUUCUUAAUGAAAAUGUUGAGGUCCUUCCUAUUUCCCUUACCUUUCAAAGCCCUUUUUUAAAAAAAAAACAUUUUAUUUACCCUCCCCUCUCCUUUUUAUUCCUGUUUUAGAAUCAAGAAGUGAAUACUGUAUUGUUGUUAGAAGCAAAACAAAAACCAGAAUGUAGUUUGCUAGGAGCCCAGCUUCUUGUUUAUCUGGGUUGUUCUGGUUUCUGAAAGUGUACAGCGAUCUUCAAUAAAUUAUUGGCAUGAAAA